AUGACCAAGGUCCUCGUCGUCCUCUACUCGGGCGGAAAGCACGCAGAGGAGCAGCCCAAGUUGCUCGGAACCGUCGAGAACGCUCUUGGCCUCCGCCCGUACUGCGAGAAGCACGGACUCGACCUCGUCGUCACCGACGACAAGGAGGGCGACAACUCGACCUUUGCGAAGGAGAUUGUCGACGCCGAUGUCCUCAUUACCACCCCCUUCCACCCGGGCUACCUCACCGCCGAGAUGGUCAAGAAGGCGAAGAACCUCAAGCUCGCCAUCACCGCCGGCGUCGGCAGUGAUCACAUCGACUUGAACGCUGCCAACGAGCACAAGAUCACCGUCGCCGAGGUCACGGGCAGCAACGUUGUCUCCGUCGCCGAGCACGUCGUCAUGACCAUCCUCGUCUUGGUCCGCAACUUUGUCCCUGCGCACGAGCAGAUCGUCUCCGGCGGAUGGGAAGUUGCGGCUAUCGCCAAGGCCGCGUACGAUCUCGAGGGCAAGGUCGUUGGUACGCUCGGUGCCGGUCGCAUCGGCUUCCGCGUGUUGCAGCGCCUCAAGCCGUUCGACUGCAAGGAGCUCCUCUAUUACGACUACACCGAGCUUCCCGCCGAGGCCGCGAAGGAGGUCGGCGCUCGUCGCGUCGAGGACCUCAAGGAGUUCCUCGGUCAGCUUGACGUGCUCACAAUCAAUGCGCCCUUGCACGAGGGAACGCGCGGCCUGAUCAACAAGGAGACGCUGGGAUACAUGAAGAAGGGCGCCUGGAUCGUCAACACGGCUCGCGGCGCCAUCUGCGUUGCGGAAGACGUCGCGGACGCCGUCAGCUCUGGACACAUCGCUGGUUACGGCGGAGACGUCUGGCCGAAGCAGCCGGCGCUCAAGGAUCACCCGUGGCGCAAGAUGCAAAACCCGUUCUCGAAGGGAGGGAACGCAUUGGUGGCGCACUACUCUGGCACAACUCUCGAUGCUCAGCAGCGUUAUGCCGACGGAGCGAUUGACAUCCUCGACCGCUGGCGCAACGGCAAGGCGCAAGAGCCUGCAAACCUUAUCGUUGAGAACGGCGAGUUCAGCACAAAGGCUUACGGACAGAGGUCGAAGAAGUAG